ACAGAUGACAAUGAUUGAACGAGACAUUUUGAACACCCCUGCAUCCCAGAGGUCUUUGCUUUAUUUUUUUGCAACCACAGCCAACAUGAAUGCCUAUUCAGAAACUUGACCACUGAUCUGGGAUGGGGAGAAACGUGGUUGGUGUCCACGAUGCGAAUCGAACAGUCAGACCUCAAGCUACUAAUGGAUACAGCUCCACAGUACAAGAAAUGGUAUAACGGCAGAUAUUCAUGAUGAUCCCAAAUAAUAAACCUCUCCUCUCAUCGAACCUCCAAAGAAAUCCCAGUAUCCCCCCGCGACCAUCGAAUCUCUCAUGUUCCUAGUAUAAUAUAGCCCGGUUCCUCCAAAAAACAGAAAUCUACGUAACGUUAAUAGGCGGCAACACUGGCGCGGACCUGCUGUGGAGCAAGGACGUCUCACUCUUGGCCAAGAGCAACCUAUUAUGUGUAUCCGCCCGAUUGAUCGUCAAUUCCCCUGCUCGAUCCGACCCUUUAUCCCAUCCGUCCCCUUUUAUGACAUCCUCGACCGUGAUUCCCAACUUGAGUAACGUCCAAGUCUCAAAACACACGGUGACAGACCGAAAGUAGACAUCAAACGGGAAGUAGGUUGUUGCAAUGGAGGCAAUUUUCACGCUGACAUCGGCCAUCUUGAAGACGAGGUUCAUUAUGACGAGGAAGGCUGUGAUGCGGAGUUUGAGGGUUUUGUCAAGGGUGGAUCGGUCGCCUCGUGCUUUCAUGUUUUCUCGGAGCAUCUGGUGUACAGAAGCAAUACGUUAUGUUAACUUUAAAGAACACGCUUGCAGAAAAGCAACGGUGGCUCAAGCAAACCUGUAGCAGUAUCAAAUCUGCGCAAACGCAAACAGCCUCAUAUAUCACCAAAUCCGCUCCAUCCCCCAUCCUAAACCAAUCUUGAUACCAUUUUGAAUUAAUCAACUCCAUCACAGUUCCCUCCGCUUGCAUAGCAGAAAUCACCAUAAAAGAAGCCAGGACCAUACAAUACCCCGCACUCAGUGCGGUUGCCACGUCUGUUGCCCGCUCUGCGAACUUUGUUGCCAGAACAGAGUUGAGACGUUGGAGUGCGCAUCGCCAGAGAAUUGCUUGGGAGGUUUGGAGAAAGAUGCCGCUUAGAACCGCGAAAGCUAGUGUUGCCUCGUUUGGUUGUUUGAUGACGAUGCGGCUCGCCAUGAUGGUUAGGGAAAGUGAGCCAAAUGCACACGAGAAAAUGAGGAGCAAGAGUUUGUUGGGACGGAGGGACCGGCGAAACUUAAAACUACAAGUUAUGGUUAAACAUUUAGACGCUCAAAAGACAAAUCACGGUUCCCCCAAACGACAACGCAGCCCCCCACGUCCUCAACAGCUGGUCAUUGACCAUGUCGAUGAAGGCAAUUAAGUAAGGAAUAAAGGAGGUAUAUUCCCCCAAUCCACGAAAAUAAGGUUUUCUCAAGACAAGUAGCGGGUGGAAUACCCAGUGUCUCCAAAAAAAGAAAUCUAACCGCCAGUUAAAAUAACCCUACAGAAGAACCCGAGACUGGACAAUAAGGGAGCUGAAGAAGGCGCCAAAUGAAAGUGUUUACCUCACAUCAAAAGCGCAACGCAAUCAAACCUAGAAUCCCGGGGACACACUCCAUAGCCACGACAAAACAUACCCUGCAUACACAUCUAAAGAUUAUCAGGCAUAAAGGGGUGUAGUUUUUUUUAUCUCGAAGCCCAACAAAAACAUGACCCAGCGUCACCCAUUUCCGAGGGAAUUUCCUUCUGCUCCCUGCCCGCUAUAAAAAUCUCCGACAAAGCCAUAAGGAUCCGGAAGGAAACCUUGUGCGCAACAGCUAUUUUUAGACAAACCAAGAUAGUGUCAAUGCCAUAACACAUGCGGUAUUAUUUAUACGGUAUUAUUUGUUCUUAGUUCAGACCCCCACUGUGCAGUGUGCCUCUUUUCUUUCUGCUGUGAAUGUGAUUGCAAGUGUUGUGGUGUUUGUAGUCGCUGGUAUUUGCUUCGAGAAAAGUCCAAACCAGAAUACCUUGUCCUUGGGUUUGCAAAGAUCGUUUUUCUUUUUACUAUCGAUUUUGACACAUCUCGACUUGUCACGGUGGAUAGCUGCUACUAGGAAUGGCUACAUUAGAUACCAACGACCCAAAGAUCUUGCAGACGUAUGAGGCGAUUCGGGCUGGAGACUCUGGUACAGAUUGGAUGAUCCUGUCUGUCCUUCCUAAGCUGCCUGGACAGAAUCUCCAAGUCCUAAGUGUCCUCGCCAGCGGAGCAGGCGGAUUUCAGGAAUUUCAAAAGGAGUUCGGACAGGGCGAAGUCCCGCUCUAUGGCUACGUGAAACAUGAAAAUAAGUUUUUACUUGUCGAAUGUGUUCCCGAGCAGACAGCGAACCGUGCUCUUGCCUUUACCUACGGCAAACAAAUCAAUGCACUCCUCAAGGAACACGAUUCUGAAAUCUCCAUCACAUCCCCAAGUGAUCUGCUUGAGACACCUCUCACGCCCACAAAAGUUCCUCUUCACAGCUCAAGUAGCUCCAACAUGCUACCAGGCAAGGCGUUGAAUCAAUCCACGAGCUCCUUGUCAUCAGAUAAAGGUGAAGAUGCACAAGAGGAGGCGGCGAGGAGAGUGCGAGAGCAUACGGCAUUAAAGGAGCAGUUGAAGGAGGAGGCGGCGAGAAAGGUGAAAGCGGCUGCAGAAGAGAGAGUCAAAGAACAGCAAUGGCUAAAGGAAAAGGCAGCCAAAGAACGCUCAAUCAAAGAAGCCUACAAGGCCCAAUAUCAAACCAUGGAAGAUAAGAACCGUAAGGGCGCCAUUCUCUCCAACUGGUUCGACCAGUUGACAUCCAAUGAUCGGUACUGGAGGAAACGCUGGAUGGUGAUUCACCACACCCACCUCCAUCUCUACAAAGACCAAAACUCUACAAAACCCAUCCAAACCAUCGACCUCCGCAACUCUGCUGUCAGAGACUCUGUUCAAGAAUGGUACCUUCCUAACACAUUUACCGUUCGCGAAGGAAAUGCCGAGCAUGUUUUGAGGGCAGAGGGACGUGAAGACUUUUUGCGAGCGGUUGCGGCUGUUGAGAGAGGGGCGAGUAAGCUUUGAUAUUCAGCCCAUGACCCUUGACAGCAUUCAUUGCAACAUGGCGUGGUAGGAAUUAGUAUUAGGAUACGUGAACGAAGUAUCUUAUAUCCCUUUUAUCUCAAAAUAUACAGUGUGUAUGUGCCAAAUUGGCAUCCCA